CGAUGAGCCUGGAAAUGAAGGAAGCUGCUACAGAGCUAAGCCUUUCUGUGGCAGAAACUCCCAAGCAACGAUUCAUGAGUGAUGGUCCCUUUGCCUUCAAUUGGAGAGAAGUCUGCAAAACACCUGAGAGUAUCCAAACUAGAGAGAAACCGUAUGACUAUAAUCAAUGUGAGAAGGCUUUUAGAGAGAAGGGAUGUCUUAUUGCUCAUCACAGAACACACACUGCAGAGAAACCUUAUCAAUGUAAUCAAUGUGGAAAGACUUUUAGAGAUAAGCGCAGUCUUGUUAUACAUAGUAGAAUCCACACUGGAGAAAAACCUUAUGAAUGUAAUCACUGUGGAAAGACUUUUACUGAUAACCGAAAUCUGGGUAGACACAGAAAAAUCCAUACUGGAGAGAAACCUUAUGAAUGUAAUGAAUGUGGAAAGAGUUUUAGAGAUAAGCACAGUCUUGUUUUACAUAGUAGAAUCCACACUGGAGAAAAACCUUAUGAAUGUAAUCAAUGUGGAAAGACUUUUAGAGUGAUUGCUUCUCUUAAUUUACAUCAGAGAACACACACUGGAGAGAAACCUUAUGAAUGUAGUCAAUGUGGAAAGACUUUCAUAGAUAAGCGCAGUCUUGUUUCACAUAGUAGAAUCCACACUGGAGAGAAACCUCAUGAAUGUAAUCAAUGUGGAAAGACUUUUGCAAGGAAACUUAGUCUUGUUAAACAUAGAAGAAUCCACACUGGAGAGAAACCUUAUGAAUGUAAUCAAUGUGGAAAGACUUUUAGAGUGAAGGCUUCUCUUAUUACACAUCAGACAAUGCACACUGGAGAGAAACCUUAUGAGUGUAAUCAAUGUGGAAAGGCUUUCAGACUUAGGAAGUCUCUUCGUGAACAUCAGAGAACACACACUGGAGAGAAACCUUAUGAAUGUAAUCAAUGUGGAAAAGCUUUUCAAUGCAGGGAAAGUCUUAUUACACAUCAGAGAAUCCAUACUGGAGAGAAACCUUAUGAAUGUAAUCAAUGUGGAAAGACUUUUACAUGGAAAAUUAGUCUUGCUAAACAUAGAAGAAUCCACACUGGAGAGAAGCCUUAUGAAUGUAAUCAAUGUGGAAAAGCUUUUCAAUGCAGGGAGAGUCUUAUUACACAUCAGAGAAUCCACACUGGAGAGAAACCUUAUGAAUGUAAUCAAUGUGGAAAGACUUUUACAUGGAAACUUAGUCUUGUUAAACAUAGAAGAAUCCACACUGGAGAGAAGCCUUAUGAAUGUAAUCAAUGUGGAAAAACUCUUCAAUGCAGGGAGAGUCUUAUUACACAUCAGAGAAUCCACACUGGAGAGAAACCUUAUGAAUGUAAUCAAUGUGGAAAGGCUUUCAGACGUAGGAAGUCUCUUGGUAAACAUCAGAGAACACACACUGGAGAGAAACCUUAUGAAUGUAAUCAAUGUGGAAAAGCUUUUCAAUGCAGGGAAAGUCUUGUUACACAUCAGAGAAUCCACACUGGAGAGAAACCUUAUGAAUGUAAUCAAUGUGGAAAGACUUUUACAUGGAAAAAUAGUCUUGUUAAACAUGAAAGAAUCCACACAGGAGAGAAACCUUAUGAAUGUAAGCAAUGUGAAAAGGCUUUUGCAGAGAAAGUCAGUCUUGUUAUACAUGAAAGAAUCCACACUGGAGAGAAACCUUAUGAAUGUAUGCAAUGUGGAAAGACUUUUACUGAUAAGCGGAGUCUUGUUAAACAUAGAAGAAUCCACACUGGAGAGAAACCUUAUGAAUGUAGUCAAUGUGGAAAGACUUUUACAUGGAAAAUUAGUCUUGUUAAGCAUAGUAGAAUCCACACUGGAGAGAACCCUUAUGAAUGUAAUCAAUGUGGAAAGACUUUCAGUUGUAGGAAGUCUCUUUGUGAACAUCAGAAGAUGCACACUGGAGAGAAACCUUAUAAAUGUAAUCAGUGUGGAAAGACUUUUACAUGGAAAAAUAGUCUUGUUACACAUGAAAGAAUCCACACUGGAGAGAGACCCUAUGAAUGUAAUCAGUGUGGAAAGGCUUUUAUAACAAACACUACUCUUAUUCAACAUGAGAGGAUCCACACUGGAGAGAAACCUUAUGAAUGUAAGCAAUGUGGAAAGACUUUUAUAGGGAAAUAUGGUCUUGUUGUACAUGAAAGAAUCCACACUGGAGAGAAACCUUAUGAAUGUAAGCAAUGUGGAAAGGCUUUUGCACAGAAAGUCAGUCUUGUUAGCCAUGAAAGAAUCCACACAGGAGAGAAACCUUAUAAAUGUAUGCAAUGUGGAAAGGCUUUUACUGAUAAGCGGAGUCUUGUUAAACAUAGAAGAAUUCACACUGGAGAGAAACUGUAAGAAUGUAGUCAGUGCAGAAAGACUUUUACAUGUAAGCGCAGUCUUGUUAAACAUAGAGCAAUCCACACUGGAGAAAUGCCUUAUAUAUGUAAUCAAUGUGGAAAUGGUUUUACACAGAGAAUUGGUGUUUGUUAUUGCUCAUCAGAGACCCCACACUGGUGAGAAACCUUUUGAGUGUACCCAGUGUAGAAAGGCUUUUAAACAGAAGGCCUCUUUUACUAAACAUCAGAGAAUCCACACUGGAGAGAAAUGUUAUGAAUGUACCCAGUGUGGAUAGGCUUUUAAACAGAAGUUCCCUUUUACUGAACGUAAGAGAAGAGACCUUAUGAGUAUACCCAGUACAGAAAGGCUUUU